GGCGGGGCCCGGCGCCCAAGGCCGGGCGAUGGGACCCUGCCGGCCGGCUGCCCCGCGCCCUGCCUGGCCCAGCAGCCAGACGGGCUGGAGGGGAUGCACUGUGCAGUCUGGCUCUGCUCCGCCCUGCCCGGCCCUAAGGCUGAAAGUUUGGGGGUCGGGAGCCGCACCCCUCCAGUGCCAGUGACUACCGAAGGACUCCUGCUGCCUGGCCUCGCCCGCGACCUGCCUCCAUUCCCCAGGUCGGAAUGAGCUACCCUAAAGCUUUCGCUCUCCGCCCCUCCCUCAUCCUCCUUUAAAAAGAUAUUUUCUUAAAUCCAAGAACUCGUGAUCCACCGGUUCCGCUCGUCCGUAAUUUAUUUAUACCCUAGGCCUCUGAGUUUAAGAGGGGGUGCGGUCUGUCCCCCAAGGCGGCACGCUAGAAGGACAGAUUCCCCCUUGCCGACCCACUUACACCAUGAAGAGGUGCAAAUCUGACGAACUGCAGCAACAGCCGGGCGAGGAGGAUGGGACUGGGUUGGAAGAUGCGGCUGGCCACCUGCCGGGCGCGGACCUACGGCCUGGGGAGGCCUCCGGUGCUAACUCCGCUGGCGGGCCAACUUCAGAUGCUGGUGCUGCGGUGGCAACCAACCCAGGUCCCCGGAGCAAGCCUCCUGAUUUAAAGAAAAUCCAGCAACUCUCAGAAGGUUCCAUGUUUGGCCACGGCCUGAAGCACCUGUUCCACAGUCGCCGCAGGUCACGGGAACGGGAGCACCAGGCAUCUCAGGAGGCCCAGCAGCAGCAACAGCAGGGCCUGUCUGACCAGGACUCCCCAGAUGAGAAGGAACGCUCCCCUGAGAUGCACCGUGUCUCCUAUGCUAUGUCCCUGCACGACCUGCCUGCAAGACCCACCGCUUUCAACAGAGUGCUUCAGCAAAUCCGCUCACGGCCUUCCAUCAAGAGGGGCGCCAGCCUACACAGCAGUGGUGGGAGCAGUGGCCGGCGGGCCAAGAGCAGCUCCCUGGAACCGCAGCGUGGCAGCCCCCAUCUGCUUCGUAAGACCCCCCAGGACAGCAGCCUGGCAGCCAUCCUGCAGCAGUACCAGGGCCGACCCCGCUCCUCCUCUACCACCGACACUGCCUUGCUGCUGGCAGAUGGCAGCAAUGCGUACCUCUUGGCAGAGGAGACUGAGGGCAUCGGUGACAAGGGAGACAAGGGAGACCUCGUGGCCCUGAGCCUCCCCUCUGGCCCUGGCCAUGGUGACACUGAUGGCCCCAUCAGCCUGGAUGUGCCAGAUGGGGCCCCAGACCCUCAGCGGACGAAGGCUGCGAUCGACCACCUGCACCAGAAGAUCCUGAAGAUCACUGAACAGAUCAAGAUCGAGCAGGAGGCGCGGGACGACAAUGUGGCAGAGUACCUGAAGCUGGCCAACAACGCCGACAAGCAGCAGGUGUCGCGCAUCAAGCAGGUGUUCGAGAAAAAGAAUCAGAAGUCGGCCCAGACCAUCGCCCAGCUGCACAAGAAGCUGGAGCACUAUCGCCGGCGCCUGAAGGAGAUCGAACAGAAUGGGCCCUCGCGGCAGCCCAAGGACGUGCUGCGCGACAUGCAGCAAGGGCUGAAGGACGUGGGUGCCAACAUGCGUGCCGGCAUCAGUGGCUUCGGGGGUGGUGUGGUGGAGGGUGUCAAGGGCAGCCUCUCUGGCCUCUCACAGGCCACCCAUACUGCGGUGGUGUCUAAGCCCCGGGAGUUUGCCAGCCUCAUCCGCAACAAGUUUGGCAGUGCUGACAACAUCGCCCACCUGAAGGACCCUCUGGAAGAUGGGGCUCCUGAAGAGGCAGCCCGGGCGCUGAGCGGCAGUGCCACGCUGGUGUCCAGCCCCAAGUACGGCAGCGAUGACGAGUGCUCCAGUGCCAGUGCCAGCUCUGCUGGGGCAGGCAGCAACUCCGGGGCUGCACCAGGAGGUGCACUGGGGAGCCCCAAAUCCAACACUCUUUAUGGUGCCUCUGGAAACCUGGACACACUUCUGGAGGAGCUGCGGGAGAUAAAGGAAGGUCAGUCACACCUGGAGGACUCCAUGGAGGACUUGAAGACUCAGUUACAGAGGGACUACACCUACAUGACCCAGUGCUUGCAAGAAGAGCGCUACAGGUAUGAGAGGCUAGAGGAGCAGCUGAAUGACCUGACUGAGCUUCACCAAAAUGAGAUGACCAACCUAAAGCAGGAGCUGGCCAGCAUGGAGGAGAAGGUGGCCUACCAGUCCUAUGAGAGGGCCCGAGAUAUCCAGGAGGCCGUGGAGUCCUGCCUGACCAGAGUCACCAAGCUGGAGUUACAGCAGCAGCAGCAGCAGGUGGUACAGUUGGAGGGUGUGGAAAAUGCCAAUGCACGGGCUCUGCUGGGCAAGUUUAUCAAUGUGAUCCUAGCACUCAUGGCCGUGCUGCUAGUGUUUGUGUCCACCAUUGCCAACUUCAUCACACCCCUCAUGAAGACUCGCCUGCGCAUCACCAGCACUGCCCUCCUGCUCCUCAUCCUCUUCCUCCUCUGGAAGCACUGGGACUCCCUCACCUACCUCCUGGAGCAUGUGUUGCUGCCCAGCUGAGCAGUCGCCACCCACCCUAUGCUCUCUGGACUCCACUGGUCCACCCACACUUAUCUAGGAGGGGCCCCAGGACUCCCAAGUCCCUUGGACUUUGUCACAUGUCCUGUUUGGCCUCUUGCCCUAACCCUUUCAGCAGCUCCUGCCCCUUGUCUGCACUGCUUCUGUCCGUACCUUCUCCCUUUUGGCCUGAAGGUUGCUGAGAGAGUGGCCCAGGCUGGAGGGAGUGGGGACAUGCAGGGCCAAAUGGAACAGAGGACAGCAGGGCUGCAUUGUUUGGAUAUUUACAAUCACAUGGGACUUUUCUGAGCUGACCUGGGGGUAUCCUAGGUUAGGAAGACCACUAAGAUAGAAGGCUAGGUCUCUGCCUCAAUUUCCCGGGGAGAAGAGCCACCAUUGGGUCCCACCAGAAAUGGUCUGGUUGAAAGCCAGUAGGAGGCUGUGCUGACCCCAGAGAGUGCAGGAAGGGGAGGGUCCCCAGCCUUGAGGUGCUUCCAGGGCCAGAGCAGCUUAGAGCAGCCAAUGGGAGCGCAGCUCACCCUCCCUCUCCCUCCACUUCUUCCCACUGAGCUGAUUUGAGGCUGAUUUCUGGACACUGGAUUGUGGUAUGGAUUUGAUUUGUAUUUUUCUUGCUCAUCUUUCUGCCUGCCUGUCACUAGAUGAGCUGUUUUCUGGAAAACGGGCCCCAAGGGCCCUGGGCCUCUAGUAGCAAGUUGGGGUUCUAUUUAUUAUAUAUUUAUUUGUUUAUUUAUUUAUUCAUUCCUACCUUUCCCUUCUGCCCCUCUGGGCUCCAGGGAGAGGACCUGCCCAUCCUCCCUUUGAGGCAGGGCUUAUUCUUGACUCAUCACACUCCAUACCAUGUCGCCUCUGGUGUUCCUGGCAGAAGAAGGGAGACAUUGUCACCAGCCUUCUCUCCCAAGCAGCCCCACCAGUUGGGCAGGAAGAACA